CAACUGGAGCCCCAAACUCUUGUCCCUACGGUUGGGUCACCUACAAGAAAUCUUGCUACAAGAUCUUCCUGAAAGCCAAGACCUGGACCGAGGCAGAGAUGUUCUGUGUGGACCAGAAGACGGGCUGCCACCUGGCCUCCAUCCAUGGUGUGGCAGAAUCGUUUCAGUUGGCCAAGUAUAUCUCCCGGUAUCUCAGCUUUACCAACGUCUGGAUCGGACUGAAGGAUCCAAAGCAACAACGAGUCUGGCGGUGGAGCGAUGGCUCCAGCACUGGCUACACAUCCUGGACCCGAGGAGGGCCCAACAGCCUUUGGCACAACGAUGACUGCGCUGAGUUGCAGUCCUGGUCAGGGUAUGUCUCCUGGAACAUCAGGGACUGCAAUUUCCUGCGCGCUUUCCUCUGCCAGUGCCCGCUCUAG